AUGGUGGACAUCCUCCUGCCGCGGCCGCUCCCGAGCGCCAUGGGGGAGCCCGCCAAGAGACGGCCGGGGCUGGCGCUGUGCGCGGGCUGCGGGGGCCGCAUCCAGGACCCGUUUCUGCUGCGGGUGUCUCCGGACCUGGAGUGGCACGUCGCCUGCCUCAAGUGCGCCGAGUGCGGGCAGCCGCUGGACGAGACCUGCACGUGCUUCCUGCGGGACGGCAAGGCCUACUGCAAGCGGGACUACGGCAGGCUCUUCGGCAUCAAAUGUGCGCAGUGCCGGGCGGCCUUCAGCAGCAGCGACCUGGUGAUGCGCGCCCGCGACCACGUCUACCACCUGGAGUGCUUCCGUUGCGCCGCCUGCGGCCGCCAGCUGCUGCCCGGGGAUCAGUUCUGCCUCAGGGAGCGCGACCUGCUCUGCCGCGCCGACCACGGGCCGCCCACCGACGGCACCGCCGCCCGCGGACCCCGCAGCCCCGCGCCGCCGCCCGCGCACCUCGCAGAGCCGGUGCCCGGACGGCCGCCCGGCCCGCGGCCGCAGUCGCACAAAGCGGCCGAGAAGACCACCCGCGUGAGGACGGUGCUGAACGAGAAGCAGCUGCACACGCUGCGGACCUGCUACGCCGCCAACCCGAGACCCGACGCCCUGAUGAAGGAGCAGCUGGUGGAGAUGACGGGGCUCAGCCCGCGCGUCAUCCGCGUCUGGUUCCAGAACAAGCGCUGCAAGGACAAGAAGAAGUCCAUCCUCAUGAAGCAGCUCCAGCAGCAGCAGCACAGCGACAAGACGAGCCUGCAGGGCCUCACCGGGACGCCGCUGGUGGCCGGCAGCCCCGUCCGGCACGAGAGCGCCGUGCAGGGCAGCGCGGUGGAGGUGCAGACCUACCAGCCGCCCUGGAAGGCGCUCAGCGACUUCGCGCUGCAGAGCGACCUGGAGCCGCCCGCCGCCUUCCAGCAGCUGGUCUCGUUCUCCGAGUCCGGCUCUUUGGGCACGUCCUCCGGCAGCGACGUGACCUCGCUCUCCUCCCAGCUCCCCGACACUCCCAACAGCAUGGUGCCCAGCCCGGCCGAGACGUGAGGCCGCCCAGUUCCCGCCGCCGCGGGACCUCCGCAUGCCGCGCUCCCUGCAUGAGACACCCGGCCCCGCGCCGCGCCCAGCGCGCCGGACGAGCGCCUUUGUCUUUUAAUUAUCCCUAUUUAAAACCAAACCGAACAUACCUUGCCGACGGCCGAAAAGAGCCGGGAUUCUCGCUGCCUUUACCGGACCGGAGAGAGAAAGAGAGAGGAGAGCCCCCGCCCCGCUUAUUUCGUUGCGCGGAGGUUCGGCGCUGCGUAUUUCGAUGUUUCUUUUCCCCGAUGAAAGCGGAUUGCCCGGCGCGGCGCCGGCUCUUCUUCCUCGCCUGGAACAGAAACGAAAACUCGAAUCACAGCGAAUGGGGAACGGAGCCCCGCGGCCGUCGGGGCCGCCUCAUGCCGGUGUCUCCCGCAGCGCCGGAGUGCGGAGACGGGGCGGUGCGACGGCACAGCGCUGCCGGCGUUGUUAGCGACGGACGGAGGACGGAUUGUUUGAGCCUUUAAACGAACAAAAGUAAGUUAUUGCUAUUUAUUGUCAGAGUCAGCGGUUGAAUAGUGGGAUUAAAUAUUUUGGACUUAAUAAAAACUAACGAACAAAAAGAAAAAAAAAAAAAAAACAAAACAAAACGAAAACGUUGCAACGAAACGGAGCU